AAUGCAAUGCUAGUGCUUGAUCGUUCAUGAAUGUCGUGGCAUUGCUUUGCUGUGCRGCAGAAGCUCCGCUCGUCGACGUUUCACGCGAAAUGCUCUUCAGGAUUGGAAAAUAAUCAUCCCAGUGCAUCGAUCAAAAAUUGGGAUGGAAAUGUUAAGUAGCAUGUGGUGCUUAAAAUUGAGUGCAUCUCUAUGCACGGUACAAGACAACGACGAUAGGACGGGAACAAAAAGGAUGAUAUUUUUUGUGUGUUUUGGCUGCGGGUUUCUGCUAGCAUCUGAUAUGGAUUCUUUGUGACAAUCUUACCUGGACGGGGAGAAGAGGGAUACAAUGUGGCAACCGAUCGGUCAGGAUCUUUGCCACAAUGUAGGAGUGAUUUUUCAUUGGUAACACACGCACUGAUAGAUAUAGUGCUUGUGUGUUUUCCAAAGUUUGUUUCCUCAUCCCAAAUCUCCCCGUCGUGUUAAAGGAAACAGAUACAAUCUAGUUUCGCUUCAUGCGGUGGUGGUUUGCGUGUGCAUAUAUUUUUGGUGUUCUCGUGACGUCGCGUCAUUAAAGAUGAGAUGUUGUGGGUUGAUAAUAGGAAGCCUCCUGUCGCAAGAGACUGGUUGCCUUUUUCUGACGAUUUUCGGGGGCCACGGCGAUUCCUUCAAUAAUGGAUUCGACAGGCCGGUCUUCAAAGGAAAUCUCAUAAAUAAUCUUGAUCAGAGGAAAAUCGUUUGCCACAUUCUUGGAGGAAAUGAGCUUGAAAGCAUCCUUUGCAGUAAUUGUUCCCUGUAGUUUUUGUCCGUUCAGGAGGUCGGACUCAAUCUGGCUCCAGAGGGCGCCGGAAUCCUUGUGACUUCGAGCUGAAUUGGAGGAUGCGCGUGCCCGUGCAAAAGCCUCGGCGCAUUUGCGGUUACGGCCUCCGUAGCAUGUAGUAAUUAGGUCAGCCAUACCACAGGACUCGGUGAAGGUGUCGUCCCUCACUCCGUCAAAGAACAUAUGGCAAAACUUGGCCAUCUCUCGCAGGCCCACCCUCAAAAGGGCGGCUUUGGUGUUUCCGCCCAAACCUACACCAUCGACAAAACCGGCGCCGAGAGCAAUGACGUUUUUCAGAGCACCGCAGACUUCGGCGCCGGCAACAUCCGUGAUGUGCUGCACGCGAAAGUGUGGCGGAGAAUCAAAGAGUUGCCUUGUCAUUUCGUCGGCAGGCGGACCAAAGUUGCUGGCAAGAGUAGAUUCGCACAUUUGGCCCUCGGCGACUUCCGACGCCACGUUGGCUCCCAUGAGGACACCACAAGGAAAGUUGUUUCCCAUGGCUUCGGAGAUGCCCCGAGAAAUGAGAACCGGCUCACCGGUUUCUUCGCAAAAGUCUGUGCGGGRUAAAAUGAAGAAAAACAAACAAAAAAGAGGGGGGUAAGAGACAACGGGAGACGAAUAGCAAAUUCCAACACAAAGUGGUGAGCAGCAUUGCGCUCAGCACAAUUCAGCGCGAGAAAACUCACCAAUGCCCUUGAUAAGACUGACUCCUCGGCAGGAAGGAUGGGCAGCCUCUCGGAUGGUGGGGAGAAGUCUUGGUAAAAAUUGAUGCGGGAGGACGAAAAUCAAGAGCGUUGCGUCCCUGCAUGCUUCCGCCAGGUCCGCGACGGCCCGAACGUUGGAGGGCAGCUUGAUGCCGGGCAAAUACUUAACGUUCUCGUGCUGUUCGUUGAUGAUCUGGGUGAGCUUUCGUUUCUGCAUCUGGCCUUCUUCCUCUACCUCGACCAUUUCUUCGAAGACCCACAUGUUCACUUGGGAUUCGUAGAAGGCCAGGCGUUCGCAAUUUCGACCAACAAUUGUCGAAAUGGCCGAACCCCAAUUACCGCUGCCGAUAAUGCAGACCUUGUCAAGUUGAUCGGAGGAAUUCUGGGGGUUGCCCGUGAAUGAGUCGUCCAUGGGGUUUGCCAUCUUGGAGUAUUUCGUGUUUUUUUGAGUCGUUUGGAAUAGGCUAUUUGAGGGGGAAGUUGUUCUUGCCAAAGCGUAGCAGCUGUUGUCGAAAAUAAAGAAUGCUUGUAAAA